CCGCUCCCUCAUUUGCACCCCUACCCGUUCCUUCAGACAGAUCAGUAUGAAAUUUGCAAAAUCGCUGAGAGAUAGACGAAGCAGACAUGGAAGCCUCGAAUACCAAGGGAGCCCACAGAUGGAAGAAGAAAACUUCUCUUCACACUCCAAGAUCUGCACUUCUCACCGUUAUAGCAACCUCCUCUAUCCUCUUCCUCUUCUUCUACUUCAGACGUUUUUUCGUUAUUCCGUCUGAACUUCCACUUUCCAGAAUUUAUCCGGCAUUCAGUACCCUACGAUGCGGCUCCUCCUCCAAGGAGAAGUUUCUCUGGUACGCUCCCCACAGUGGGUUCAGCAACCAGCUUGCCGAGUUCAAGAACGCCCUUCUAAUGGCUUCGAUUUUAAAUCGAACCCUGGUUGUCCCUCCCAUUCUCGAUCAUCACGCCGUUGCUCUGGGAAGCUGCCCCAAAUUCAGGGUUCUAAGCCCCCCUGACUUGAGAUUCGCUGUUUGGAAUCAUAGUGUGGAGCUCUUACGUAAUUGCAGAUAUGUUUCUAUGGCCGAUAUUGUUGACAUUUCAGUUACUGUGUCUGGUUCAGCAUUAAGUGUUGUGGAUUUUAGAGAUUUUGUGCAUGAAUGGUGUGGUGUGAAACCGGAUCACUUAUGCUCAAGAGACCAAAAGGCCCAACCUUCAUUGCUACAAAGACUAAAUGAAUGUGGGUCUUUUCUAUCUGGAAAAUACGGCAAUUUAGAUAGUUGUUUAUAUGCUGUAGAUGAGGAUUGCCGGACAGCGGUCUGGACAUACCAAAAAGACAGUGAAGAAGGUAGCUUAGACUCAUUUCAACCAGAUGAGAAACUCAAGAAGAAAAAAGAAAUUGCCUUUGUUAGGAGAAGGAGAGAUGUAUAUAAGACCCUAGGACCUGGCUCUUUUCCUGGAUCAUCCAAAAUUCUUGCAUUUGGAAGCCUUUUUACUUCCCCUUAUAAGGGUUCAGAGUCUCACAUCGAUAUCCAUGAAGCUCCUAAUGAUAAAAGGAUAGAUUCCUUCGUCAAGAAGAUCAAAUACCUUCCCUUUGUUCCAGAAAUUCAUCGUGCUGGGAAGACAUUUGUUGAUAAUAGAAUUAAGGCUCCUUUUCUUUGUGCUCAGCUUAGGCUACUAGACGGGCAAUUCAAGAACCACUGGAGAGCUACUUUCCAAGAGUUGAAGCAUAGGUUAGAAUCUUUGAAACAAACUGGACCUAACUCUGUUCAUGUGUUUCUGAUGACUGACCUUCCCAUGUCUAAUUGGACUGGGAGCUAUUUGGGUGAUAUAGCAAAAGAUUCAAGGAUUAAACUGUUUGUCCUUGAAAAAAAUGACAACCUGGUCACAAAAACUGCUGGGAGUAUCCUGAAUGCGAACCACGGUAUGAUGUUUAGGUCCUUUUCAAAGCAUUCUAUCAAUGUUCAGGAGAAUAUGAAGAGUCAAUCAUUGCCUGACGUGCUAUUAUACAUAGAGGAAACUAUAUGUAGCUGUGCUUCUCUUGGUUUUGUGGGAACUACUGGCUCAACUAUUGCAGAGAGCAUAGAACUGAUGCGGAAGUUUGAUAUAUGUAAAAGCUGAAACCUUUUUAAGGAUUCUUAUUACUUUUGGAGCUCUUUGGCCUGAGGUUGCCAAAUGAUAUAGUUAGGAGAGCGUUAAGUCUACAGAAAGUGUAAUCUCAUGCCGGAAACCAAGAUGGUUAUGGAUGUUUUGUAGCUGUGGAUAUGGAGAAAAUGCUGGAACUUCAUCCAGCACUCUUUGGGCACUGUUUUUUUCUAAAGCUGGCUGGAUAAUCAAAUCUGGAAAAGUCGCAAUAGAAACUCAAUUAAUCAAGAUUCAAUACCUCAAUAAGAAAUGAUUUUUUUGUUUUCUCUGCCAGUGAAGAAAUUUGAGAAAUUUUUUUCUACUGCAGAAAGCCUUGUAGCAACAUGACUGGUUACUCUGUUGGCCCAACCGACUAAAACUCUCUUGUUCUUAAUUCUUAUUGACUUGUACUUUUUUCUGUUUAAAUUUUUCGAUUGACCAAAACUGCUAGGAGAUGUUGCACGUGCAUAUAUAAGGAGCCAGGACCCCACUAUCUAGGUUUGCGGUAAUUGUUGUUUUUGCACAGUUGAUUUUGGAUUGCAGCAUUUCUUCCCCCACUAGUCGUCCUAAAAUUAGGUAUCUUGUCGCAUCUUGGACAGAGAAUCAACUCCACCGCUCUAACUAACUGUAUUUUCUGGUUGAUUACCUCAAUCCAGAAGGCCAAAACACAAAACUUGGGGUUCUUUCUAUGGAUUAGAUAGUGCAAAUAAUAAAAAAGAGUCGAAAUGGAAGAGCUCGAAGCCUCUGUAUUCGGAUUGGGAUAAUUAACCUUGCACUUACAACUCACUUAGAUAGCUCUUUAUUCACACUUUGACUAUAUCCACUAACUGAUGGACUUGCUACAAUGAAAGAAGUAUGAAAUGCAAGAACCAACCCCUCAAAAGGAGGUUAUGAGGGAGUAUUUACAGUGGUAUGAAGUGGCUGAGGGGUCAGCGUGACAGCUCUCCAUUUUCUUGGUAGAUAUCAAUGACAUCUAGCCAAAUUUAUGCAUAAAAUCCUCUUCCUGCCAAAACUGGAUUUCCUGCCAAAUAAAUGUUGGCCAAGCGUUGUGUUCUUCGUGGUGCAGAGUCUUAGAGAAGGGUAUCAUGCCUAUCUGUCCAAUGCGGGGAGUCGGUCUUCCUACUAAUCGUCCCAAAUGACCUGUUGAGCAGGCAUUUGGUUACUCCACUCGGCAUUGUUUGAGUUGACCAUUUGUCCCGAGUUGUGUGUACCGUUCAAUCAUAUGUAUUGGGCCAUCCAUUAGGGUCACGUCGGAAACCUGAGUUGGGACCGAGCGUAACCCUUGGUUACUGGUCUUUGUGGAAUUGGGCUUUCCUGGGUGUUGUUGGGCUAAUAUCCUCAUACACGUCUUUUUAAAUUAGACAAGUGUUGCAACAUAUGCCUGUCAAGUUUCCUCUUUUUUUCAUAAGG